AUGAAGAAUAUCUGGGGUAUUAUAGUUUUAGUUCUUUUAAUUUUCACUUGGGCAUUGACAACUGCAACAUUUGGAACUUCAUGGUACAGAUUGCAUGACGAGUUGACCAACAGAGGAUGGGCUUAUUUUAAAUAUUCGCACUAUGAUAUUGGUCCAGAUACCUAUUCCAUUUCAGGAUCCAAUAUCCAAAAGGUACUCCAAACCUGUCUUGCUUUUGCCUGUAUCUCUUGGAUUUUCACCACUGUUACCAUCUUUAUCAAUAUUAUGGAUCGUGUAAAAUCUGGAGUUUCAUUGUUCAAGGUUGCUCGUUUCCUUCCAAUUGGUUCUUUCCUCUUUGCUUUGUUCUCAGUUUUGGUUCUCAUUGCUUGGCCAAAGGCUUUUAAAAAAGACUGUGAAAAGAAUGCCUCCUAUUUGACAUGGGCUGCCACUGGUUGUGGUGACUGGGGAUGUUUCAAGGACCUUAGAGUUGGAGGAGAUUGCGAGCCAUAUGCAGGUUGGGCAUGUAUGAUAGUUUCAACAAUCACUUCUUUUAUUGCAGCUUUAAUAAGCGCAAUUUUCACUCGUUAUGGUGUUUCAGCUUAA